AUGGUAGAUCAGAUCAAAAGAGAGAUCUCAAUAAUGAAGAUUGUCAGACAUCCUUUCAUUGUUAGGCUGCAUGAGGUUUUAUCAAGCCAUACAAAAAUAUAUAUAGUUCUGGAGCUUGUCGAAGGAGGUCAGCUGUUUGAUAAAAUUGUUAACCAAGUUAGGCUUUCUGAGAAUGAAUCAAGGCAUUACUUUCAACAACUUAUAGAUGCAGUUUCACACUGCCAUAGCAAGGGCGUGUACCACCGGGAUCUGAAGCCUGAAAAUCUGCUCCUUGAUUCCAAAGGAAACUUGAAGGUUUCUGAUUUUGGACUGAGUGCAUUACCUCAACAAGGAGUUGAACUUCUUCAUACAACUUGUGGAACUCCAAAUUAUAUUGCACCAGAGGUAUUAAGCCACAGAGGUUAUGAUGGUGCUGCUGCUGAUGUUUGGUCUUGUGGUGUCAUCCUCUAUGUUUUGAUGGCAGGAUAUCUUCCGUUUGACGAGAUAGAUCUUCCUACUUUGUAUAAAAAAUUAAAUGCUGCAGAAUUUUCAUGUCCAUUUUGGUUUUCUCCGGCUUCCGUGUCAUUGCUGCAUAAAGUACUUGAUCCCAAUCCAGAAACUAGAAUUAAGAUUGAAGGGAUCAAAAAGGACCCAUGGUUCCAGAAGAAUUAUGUGCCUGUAAUACCUAAAGAAGUUGAAGAAGUGAAUCUGGAUGACGUUUGUGCUGUUUUUGAUGACAUUGAGGACACAUAUGUAAAUGAAGAAUCUGGGAAACAUGACACUGGUCCUCUGAUAAUGAAUGCAUUUGAGAUGAUUACGUUGUCUCAAGGGUUAAACCUAUCAGCCUUGUUUGACAGGCAUCAGGAUUAUGUGAAGCGCCAAACUCGUUUUGUUUCCCGCCAACCUGCAAAAGUCAUAAUUUCAACAAUUAAGGCAGCUUCCGAAUCAAUGGGGUUCAAGGUUCACACACGUAACUACAAGACGAGACUUGAGGGGGUAUCUGCUAAAGGGGCAAGUCAAUUUGCUGUCGUGUUGGAGGUUUUUGAAGUUGCGCCAUCUCUUUUCAUGGUGGAUGUUCGUAAGGCUGCUGGUGAAACUCUGGAAUAUCACAAGUUUUACAAGAACUUAUGCACGAAGAUUGGUCAUAUAAUUUGGAGACCAAAGGAAGCAAUGACAAAUACUGCUCUGCUUAGAACAAUGACUUGCUGA